AUGCAAAGCUUUAUUGCAGUGCUAAGUAUUGCAUUAACUAUCGUAACUUUGCUCUAUAUGAAUCAAGAUCCAGAUCCACCAGGACGUAUUAUUGAACGUAUUAGUAAAGUACCAUCCUCAUCUAAUGAUACUACGCAUUGUGAUGUAGUUAAUCUUGAGACGUUACGUCAUGUUGCUAUUGUUUAUACUUGGGUCAAUGGUACUGAGAAAUGUUAUAAUACACGUCGUGAACGUGCUGGAUUACCACCUGGUGGUACAUCACGAGAUAAGGAAAUGGGUGAACUCAAGUAUUCUUUGCGUUCAUUGGUUAAAUACGCACCAUGGCUUGUAGGUCCGAUCUAUCUUGUCACACCUGGUCAGAUUCCAGACUGGCUAAAUGUAUCAAAUCCUCGUAUACGACUUGUGGAUCAAGAUGAUUUAUUACCAAAGGAUAAAGUCACGUUACCUACUUUUGAUACAAAUGUCAUUGAACAAUAUUUACACAAAAUUCCAGGACUGACGGAUAUUUUUAUUCAUAUGAAUGAUGACUAUUUAUUCAUUAAACCAGUAACACCUGAUCGUUUAUUCACAUGUGAGGGUGGAUUACGAUUUCUUACGGAAAUUAAUCAUAUUCGACAUGUACCAAGUAUAAAAGCACGUCCGUGGCUUGCUAGUGUACGCAAUACGGUCAUGCUCAUGGAUAAGACAUAUGGAGGUCAACACGUGUACAAUUUUAUCAAACAUGCACCGUUUGUCUACAGUCGUUUUGCAUUUGAGGAAAUUCAUAAAAAGUUUGCCAAGGAGCUAGAUGCUACACUUUCAUUCCAGUUGCGCACAUCGAACGACCUUAACAUGCCGCUGCUGCACCACAUUUAUAUGCAGGAGGAGGGGUCCAAGAUUUUGGGCAUUCCUGUUGGGUUGAAUCCCCUGAGUGAGAGCGAAGAAUGGAAACUCGUGUAUUUGAAGGACGAUGGCCAUGAGAUGCUUGAUGCACAGUUCAAGAAGGCGCUAAACAAUGAGGGUCCCGAGAUUUUAUUGGCGCUGAACGAUGGGUUUACGAAUUCAAAAACGGCUGAGAUUGUUGGCCGCUUUUACUCUCUGAUGCUACCAGAACCUACCGUCUUUGAGUUGCCUGAAGGUCAGUACGUAAGUGUGGUGAGCAACUGGCACGGCGACGAUUGCGCGUAUGACCCCAAUGUCAUCCCGCUGCCCGACUCCGUGUCAGUGCAAGCAGAUAAGAAUGCCAUGACUUGGGCACCGGCACCAGCUCAAUUUCGCUCGCCUAACGAGCUAGCUUUUGCCGGAAUGACGCAAUCGUUCGGGUGGAACUUGGCUUCAAACGUUGGCUAUAUUUUUGGCCUGAUCAUUGCGAUCGUUGUUGCCGUCUAUAUCUCCCGAUUUUCAGGCAAGAGGAUCCCAGGUCUAUACGCCGCCAAGCGAGUAUAA